AUGACUACCAGCAGAAAACGCCAGAAAGUCCAGGAGCCUAGCUUCCGGUACACCCAGGGCCCUUUAGAUGAUGAAUUUGGCCAACACGGUGCAUUUCCCCUCAACAAUAUCGAUAGCGAUGACCUGGUGUAUCGCUACUUGAUGUCUGUCCGAGAAGAGGCCAGAGCAGAUAGGCUGUUCCACUACGUGGAGAGAACCAAAAAGGAGAGUCACAGCGCGUCUUCUCAGGAGGAGCAAAUUGUGCCACAGGAAAAAGUGGAUGAGUUCAUGGGUAGCUUUAAGGUUCUGCAAGAGGCCAGAGAAAUCCGGUUAGAGCGCUCCGAGUUCGAUUACAACUGCUUUAUACCCAACUCAGCAGCUCAAUGGAGGAAGAAAGUGUUUUCGGAGCAGCCUGACGCAAACUUUCUCGAGAUUCUAGACCAUACAACCAUCGUCAAGCUCAUAGUGUAUUACACAAAGUGGCUACUGAUGAGCAUGCCUGAUGAAUUAGGCAAGUGGAUCUUUAUAACCUUUGUUCGGCUAGAUCGUGAUCUUGAGCACAGGGAAAUGGCCAUCGUCCGUGACUUGGCCAAGAAAGCAACCAAAAUACGAUCCAAGCUAGACGAACUGUCGGACGUGUCUCCGGUCACAGAGCAUAUCAUUGAUAUGAUACUAUCCAUAGUUACCAUGCAUUUCGGUCAGCGUGAUCUCUUAAUGAAGAGAACUUAG